AUGUCUCUACGCCGCAAGGCAGCUUCGUCUGUCCCGGAGACGCCUCGCGUCAUUUCACCGAGUCCUACGCCCUCUGAGCAUGAACUGGAUUACUCAGCGCCUACAACGCGCUCCGCGGCUAGAAAGAGAAUGACGCCCUCGCAACAAUCUCUGGAUGAGCACCCGCUGGAAGAUGAUGUUGAUGACGAGGUUCCUGGCCUGCGUAGGUCCCGCACGAGAAGCAGGUCGCCCAUCGACUCUCGAAAGGUUUCGCGCAUGACUCCGAGCAACUCCAACCUCGCUACGAAAUCAUCCUCCAAAGACACAUCCGAAAAAAUCGUUUCAAACGGCAAAGUGGCCACGUCAAACGGGCACCUGGCCCCUCCUCAGCCUGCGACUCCCUCAGGUUGGUCCUGGAGGGACUUUAGCCGCAGUCCCAGCCCGCUCGGCCUCAUCCCCAUUCAUCGGCAAUGGCGAACAUUUGUCCACAAGCACGAGGUGCCUCGGAAAGCGCUCCAUGUCUCGAUUGGCUUCUUUGUGGUGUGGCUGUACACUACGGGCACGCAGACACAGUCUGUUCCGCCGUAUCUCAUGGCUGCUUUGAUCCCCAUUGCCACGACAGACUGGCUUCGGCAUCGGUACGCCUCCGUUAAUAGGUUGUACGUACGAUUGCUUGGAGCACUCAUGCGAGAAAGCGAGUACUCGGGCUAUAAUGGCGUCAUUUUCUACCUGCUUGGUGCUUGGGCUGUUUUGUACUUCCUUCCCAAGGAUGUUGGUGUAAUGAGUGUCUUGCUUCUGAGUUGGUGCGACACCGCCGCCAGCACUUUUGGACGACUCUGGGGUCGUUAUACACCUCGAAUUCGCCGCGGCAAAUCCCUCGCCGGCUCGUUCGCCGCCUUCUUGUUUGGCGUGGCUACGUCCUUCUUCUUUUAUGGCUGGUUGGUCCCCGUUAUCGGACCUAUGCCCGGCGACGAGAACUUCAUGUUCAAAGGGUCUCUGUCGCUGCCGGUAGCAGUGACCAAUGCCCUUGGCGUGUCUCAGGCUGCUGCCACUGUGACGGGCACUUUGGCCUUGUCCAUCAUGGGUCUAUGGUCUGGUUUUGUGGCUUCCGCCAGUGAAGUUGUCGAUAUCUUUGGUUGGGACGACAACCUAACGAUACCCAUCCUCAGCGGCAUUGGAAUUUGGGGCUUCCUUAAGCUAUUCGCUUGA